CGUAGGCAAAGGCCAGCUUAGCUUCCGCUUUGGUUUGAGUGUUUGUCCUGACUACUUAGAUUAUGAGUAUUUCUGGUUUAUGUUCUAUGUAAUAGUUAUAUAAUAUCAUGUGAUUGUUUUCCAAUAUAGAGAAUCUGAUUUUUAAAAGCUUUCAAAAUGGGACGAAAAAGUAAGAAGAGGCAAAUGAAGGAUGCCGAUGGAUUGACCAAAAGUGAAAGAAAAGAAAUUCAAGCACUAUGCUCCCAGCUUUUGGAUUUAUGUAAAACACCAACCCAAGUGAGUACACAGAAGCAAUGGGAGGAAUACAAACAGAUACGUGGUGUUGUGGAGAUGAUACGAACAAAACAACAAGGCCUUCAUAAGUUGUUUCUUGAUGAAAACCGUGAUGACAAUCUUGAAAAUCUCUUAACAUGGGUCAAAGAUAAUGGAGCGAUGUGCAAUAAUAUUCAGAUUGCGAACUACGAUACUGAAGGCUAUGGAAUCCAGGCUACGACAGAAAUCAAGGUACAUAUAAAUAAUACAUAUAAAUAAUGAAUGUUUAUCAGU